AUGUCAGGGGAGGAGGAGGGGAAGUUGUGUCUGCAGUGUGAGACCUCUAAGGAAACGGUCACCCCCGUCUGGAGGAAGGAUGGUACAGUCCUUGCCAGCAGUGACAAGUAUGAGCUGCUCAAGUUUGGGAAGUCCUUAGCGCUCAUCAUCCAUAGUCUGAGUAAGGAUGAUGCUGACCACUAUAGCUGUGACCUGGGCACCAGCCAGACCAAGGCCAAGGUCACUGUACAUGGUACGUAUCGUCCUUGUCAUCAACGAGGUCUGGUCCAAACCAGAAAUGCCCAUUUGAUCGUCUAUCAAUUGUCCAUCUGAUCUCACUGACAUUUCCCACCACAGACCUUCACAUCACCAUUGCCCAGCGUAUGAAGACGGCCUCUGUUCUGGAGGGUGAGAGCUGCAGUUUCGAGUGCGUCCUCUCUCAUGAUGUCAUCGACGAGCCCUCCUGGACCCUGAACGGUCAACUUGUGGUCAGCAACAGCCGCUUCCAGAGCGUAAACAAGGGCCGCAAGUACAAGAUGACCAUCAGAGAUGCAACCUUGACGGACGCCGGGGACGUAGUCUUCUUCAUCAAAGACCUCAGCUGCAGGACCAUGCUAUUUGUCAGAGGUGAGUGACUGAAGCGUGUCUGUCUGAACUGUGUACGAACCUGUGUGUCAUCCGGGCCAGUCACAUUAUCCUUGAUCUAACCUCUUGAAAAGCAACAGUAGGAUGGCACUCAGGCUAUACGUUUUACUAUGUAACGUAUGUUUGUUCCUAAGGUGGGCCUGUUGCAACAUGUGGGUGUCCAGAUAGAAGGCCUGUAAACAGAUUAUACUGUAUUUGUCCCUAGAGAAAACCUGCUGUAAUGUUAUACUGUAUUUGUCCCUAGAGAAAACCUGCUAUAAUGUUAUACUGUAUAUCCUUCCUCCUAUAGAGAAGCCAGUGCAUGUUUUCAGGGACAUGAUGAAUGUCAAAGCCACCCCAGGGGAGGACGCUGAGCUGAGCUGUGAGAUCACCAAGCCUGAGGCCUUCAUACGCUGGCUGAAGAAUGGCCAUCAGAUCAGGCACAGCCCCCACAAGUACGAGAUCAAUGUGGAGGACCACCUGGUACGGCUGGUGAUCACGAACACCUGCAUCAGAGACUCUGGGGAGUACUGCUGUGAAGCAGACGGCAUUGCCACCCGGGCUAAGCUGGAGGUCAGAGGCAAGUACUGGGUAGUACUACAGUAUUACUGUGUAACGGUAUAGUGUUGUUUUGCAAUGUUUUGUAUUCGUGUCAAAUGCAAAUUAGAUUAAUUGCGACUCGACUUUGACUCAGAACCUCAAGACUCCGGACUCAACUUUGACUUGAGACUGAUUACCUGAAAGACUUGUUUUGAAAUGUUCUGGCCAGUUUCUGGACUGCUUUUGUACCUAAUCAGGUGUGGCACACAGGAAGUGUAUUUAACUCCUCCCACACCUGCUCAGAUGUAUCACAUAGGAAGUGUAUUUAACCCCUUCACACAUCUGCUUAGGUGCAGCACACAGGAAGUGUAUUUAAUCCCUCCCACACCUGCUCAGAUGUAGCACACAGGAAGUGUAUUUAGCCCCUCCCACACCUGCUCAGAUGUAGCACACAGGAAGUGUAUUUAACCCCUCACACACCUGCUUGGAUGUAGCACACAGGAAGUGUAUUUAACCCCUCCCACACCUGCUCAGGUGUAGCACACAGGACAUUUAUUUAACCCCUCCCACCCUUGCAGAGCUGCAGCACAUGUUUGCACGUGAGCUGCGGGAGGCACAGGCUGAGGAGAAGAGCAAGGUGACGCUGGAGUGUGAGACGAGAUUGCCGGCCAAGCGGGUGACCUGGCUGAAGGGCAUGGCGGAGCUCCGGGCGGGCAAGAAGUAUGUGAUGAAACAGAAGGGCGUAGUCCUCUCCCUCACAAUCAGCUGCCUGGAGAAGGGUGACACGGACGUGUACACCUGCGACGUUGGCACCAUGCAGAGCCGGGCGCUAGUGACCGUGCAUGGUAAGGCCAUAGAAAUAUAAUUAAUAGAACAGACAUUUUCAUUCAAGUCAAAGUUCUGUUUUAGGUUGGCUUUUGACAGCCAUAUUGAGUGUACUCCUUUCUAUACAGUUUGUGUAUGUUUAAUGUUAAACCCUUGUGUGAUCCCUCCAGGUCAGAAGGUGUUGAUCAUGGAUGAGUUGGAGGACGUUGAGUGUCUGGAGAAUGACACGGUGAUGUUCAGGUGCCGUAUCUGUCCCAGCGACUAUGUUGGGGUCAAGUGGUACCUGGAUGAGACCUUACUGUACACCAACAAGCUGAAUGAGAUCCAGGUGGUCCCGGGGGGAUACCACAGCUUAACCUUCAAACAGCUGGCCCGUAAAGACUCGGGCACCAUCUCCUUCGAGGCAGGCGACAAGAGGUCCUACGCCUCAUUGCUUGUUAGAGGUAACUUCAGCGUAAACUUGUUCUGAUUUACAAACAUCUAAAAACACUGUAAUAUUACAACACCUAUUCCCAAAAUGAAACUAUGUCAAUCAUAUGUAAAUCAUUUUUGUCCAGAGUUUAUGUAUUUGACACAGUUGUCUAUGUAAUCUACCUUUCAUGUGGUUAAGAGAGACGUCCAACCAUUACCAAAACAUUGGAGGAUUGUGAGGCCAUUGAGGGAGGCAGUUUGGUGCUUGUGUGUAUGACCUCUAAGCCAUGCCACAUCCUGUGGUACAAAGAUGGCUGCCUAAUGUGGAGCUCCUCAAGGUAUUACGUCAGUCGCUCAGGUAACGAGGCCAGGCUGACCAUCAGGGAGGUCAGUAACAGCGAUGCUGGGGUGUACGAGUGCAGCGCUGGAUCGGUCAGCACCAAGGCCGUCGUCAAUGUGAAAGGUAAGAACAGGUCCUCUGUUUUGAGAUAUUUUAUCAUGUUGUUGUUGUUCUUACUAUGCAUUUGGCAUUACAUAUAAAGAAGUACUGUAUAUGAGAUAGUGGAGAUAGUGGAAUAUGAUCAAAAUUUCCUUCAAAAGACAUAGAACAGGAUUACUUCUUUACCGGUUUUCUUCAGCUCCUCUUGCUUAUUCAUGGUUCCAUCUUUCUGUUCCAGCCAUCCCAGCUGAGUUCACCCAGCCGCUGCAGAGCAUGGAGGUGAAGGAGGGGGAGGAUGUGACCCUGUGGUGUGAGUUCUCCCUGCCGGGGGUUGCGUUCCACUGGAGGAGGGGCCUGGAGAACCUCAGGGCUGGAGAGAGGUACCUGAUGAAGCAGAAGAAGUCCCUCAUCUCUCUGACCAUCACCGGCCCGAAGCCUGAAGACUCAGGAGACUACACCUGUCAGUGCCGAGACCACAGAACGACAGCCACCCUCACAGUCCACGGUAAAAAUACAUUCUUGUUUUUCAUUUCUGUUCCCAGGAUGCAUCGUAUGGAGUCAUUCAAUAACUGCAAUGUUGUAUUAUCAAUUUACCUGAUUUUGCGAACAUUUACUUUGGACAAAAUCAAGACAUCAAUAUUCGUGUAAUGCUUUUUGCAUAACAAUCUUAAAUGACAGCAAAAUUAGAGCAAAUUCUGAAUUUGCGAUGAAUUGUAAUUAACCACAGCAAAUCCUGCGAUUAACUCGAUAACAUAUUUUUUUAAUCGUUUGACAGCCCUAACUAUCACACCCAUAAAAUAAAGAUCAUCUAUCUGAACAUGAAUGGAAAUACAUUUCAUUUUCUUUCAGUCGUCAUGCCUGUUGGUGGUUAAUACUAAAACGCAUAUUUACUCGCCAGCUAUCCCCAUCUCCUUCAAACAACAAUUGAAGAAUGUUCAGGCUGAGGAAGGCAACAGUUUCACAUUGCGCUGUGAGCUCUCCAAACCGGGAGUCCCCGUAGAGUGGAAGAAAGGAGAGGAGCUGCUGAGGAUUGGAGUGAAGUUCCAGAUAAGGAAGAGAGAGACCAUAUCGGAGCUUCAGAUAUGGAAAGCGGUGCCAGAAGACAGUGGAGUUUACAGCUGCCAGUGUGCAGACCAAAAGACCACGGCCACCGUCAAAAUCAGCGGUAGGAACUUCCUCAGCCUUAUUACGUUUUCCCGUGCAGCUGAUCUUUCUAGAAGUUACAUUUUCUACAUUUACAAUUUGGUCAUUUACAUGAAGGCCAUAAUACAUUACAGUUUGUACUAUUCUCAUUAAAUGAUUUUCCAUGUUUCUUCAGCCCUGCCCGUUACCUUCAAACAAAAGCUGAGGAACGUGCAGGUUGAGGAGGGGAACAAUUUGGUGUUACACUGUGAGCUCUCUAAACCAGGAGUCCCUGUGGAAUGGAUAAUGGGAGGAGAGGAGCUGCUGAACAAUGGAGAGAAGUUUCAGAUAAAGCAGAGAGAGUUGGUGAAUGAACUGAAGAUUCUGGAUACAAAACCUGAAGACAGCAAUAUCUACACCUGCGUUUGUGGCAAUGUGGAGACCACAGCCGGUGUUACUGUCACGGGUAAGGGUUGGAGACCAUUGAGAAUAUAAUUAAAUUCACAUCAGCAUCAAAUUACAUGUUUCUCAUUGCUAUGGUUUCUUUCAGCAAUUCCCAUCACUUUCAAGCAAAAGCUGAGGAAUCUGCAGACCGAGGAAGGGAACACCAUCAGCCUGCACUGUGAGCUUUCUAAAUCAGGGGUCCCUGUGGAGUGGAGGCUGGGAGGAGAGAUGAUACUGCAAAAUGGAGACAAGUAUCAGAUGAAGCAGAGAGGCUUGGCACUGGAGCUCGUCAUCAGGGAGCCUCUGCCUGAGGACAGUGGAGUCUACAGCUGUGUGUGUCGAGACCAGAAGACCAAGGCCACAGUCAAAGUCAUUGGUAGGGGGAAUAACACUUUGUGCUCUAAUGAAACCAUUUUCACUGGUGCUCAUCUCACAUAAACUUGGUUAAAUGUUCAAUGCCUGACUUAACUUGAGCCGUUAGCUCCAGUGUAGGCUUCAUUCAAUGUCCUUCAUCUUAUCUGGUGAAGGGUAAAGGUUUCUCAGGGCUGUUCUAGAUUUCACCGUGUUCAAUGUUCACUCUUUGAUCAAAUGUCCUCGCUGACUUCCUAUCUCUCUUGGUUCCCUCAGCUGUACCCGCCACCUUCAGAGUGGGUCUGAAGAACCAGGAGGCCCAAGAGAAGGGCAGUGUGACCCUGCGCUGUGAGUUGUCUAAGUCUGGCGUCCCGGUGGAGUGGUGGAGGGGGGAGACAGAACUGUCCCAGGACCUGUUAGGGGGAAAAUACCAGAUCAAACUGGAGGCGAGGAUCGCUGAGAUGACCAUUACCAACGUGCAACCGGAGGACAUGGGAAAAUACAGCUGUGUCACUGGAGACCAGAAGACCACCGCUGCUGUUAAAGUGCAAGGUAAGAAACAUUUGAUCUAUAUCAAUGCUUUUCCUUCCCAAAUAACCUCUUAGAACAGGGGUCCAAUCCGACCCGCAGGAUUUUUUUGAAAAUCGUUUUGACGGUGAGGAAAUAUUUUUUUUAAUCAGUGCGGCCCUCCAGACCUCAUUGAAGACAGAAUGCGGCCCCCGGGGCAAAAUGAGUUUGACACCACUGUCUUAGAACAUUUACUUAUUUAGAGGUGGAAGGGUUGAGUGACUCCUGCUUUGAGACCAUACACAGAUAGUGGGGUUGUAUUUAUACUUCUUGCGCUCAUACAAUAUGAACCAAUGUUAACGUUUCCACAGCUUUCCCUGUGACGUUCAAGCGCCAGCCCCAGAACACCAUGAUCAAAGAGGGGGACAGUGGGGAGUUCUGGUGUGAGCUCUCCAAGCCUGGAGCCCCAGUGGACUGGAGGAAGGGGAGAGUCAUCCUGAAGUCUGGAGACAAAUAUGAGAUGAAGCAGGAGGGACGUAUCACUAAACUGCUCAUCCAUGACGUGGAGGAGAGUGACGCUGGGAAAUACACCUGCAAGACUAAAGACGCCCAGUCAACUGCUGAGCUGACUGUGAAG